AUGGAUCCAGAGCAAAAGCAGUCAAGGCAGAGCAGCAACCAACGCAGACGGUGGGCCAACAUGACCUACUAUGUAAAUUUCCGGUUCGCUCCUACCCUGCCAAACCGACUCAUCUACUUCACACCGGCUGCCGUUCCCAGUGCCAAGACUUGCGUAACUCCUUCGCGGACCGAAGUUUUAAUGAACAUUCGGCCUUACCGCUCUGCCGCUACUCCUAUAGAUUAUAAUGAAUCUUGA